GUCAGACAGUGGUUCAUAUACAGAGGUGCGCUUUCAGGUCACUCGCCGUAUGUGUGUAGAAAAUGUCGAUCUCAACAGAGUCGCUCCCGUCAGGGGGAUCCAGACUGGUGUUCUUAACUUACAGCACCAGGUUGGGGUACUAAUUUAGAUUUUUCCUGCGCCUCGGUCUUGUGAAGUCUAAAGCAGGGACAGCAGGGUGUCGCGAAAGAAGCAGCUGGAGUUCUGGAAGCGGUGAAGGAUUUUUUUUUUUUUUUUUUCCUGUCACAUCUUUCUCGAUUGUGUUCGAGAACGACUGCUGACAUGUUCAGUUACUAGACAUUUUAUAUUCCUUGACAGAAAGGAAGAAAAUAAGCUUAUGCUUCCCAUCACCCUACUCGCUGGAUAUCUAUGGAGAGGAUUUGCUGUAUGCGCUCACGCAGCUUUUGGAGUUACUUACGGUCGAGACGCCACCGUGAAUGUUAAAUUCAACGACCUGGAUAGAAGAAAACGACACACUUAACCUCAUUUGAAUGCCUUUGCAAGGAGUUUGCUGGUUUCUGUGCUGCAGGCAGGGCUUCAGUUUGCUCGGACGGGACUAUGGCGAGAAAGAGGAGGAAGAAUCUUUUGAAUUGCGCAACAAGGAGGACUUGACUCCCAAUGGACGGACUCCAGCUGAGGUGAUUGUUUCACAGCCAUCCUGCACAGCCAAUGGAACAAAUGGCCACACUGCCUCGGAGUCUUCUGAAGAGAUGAAAAGCCUGAUCAUUGAGAAGAAUAAAAUGGGACAAGAGGAAGAACCUGAGCAAUUGGUGAAAGGUUUUUUGUUACGGGAGGUGCGUGGCAACUGGAUCAAGCAGCGUCGGUAUUGGUUUGUGCUGACCCAAGACUCUCUUGACUACUACACUGGAGCAGAGAAAGGAGCCCGGAGACUGGGCACACUGGUCCUCACAAAUCUCUGCUCUGUCAUCUGGCCAGACAAGCAGACAUACAAGGAGACAGGUUACUGGAGCAUUACAGUUUAUGGCCGGAAACACUGCUAUAGGCUGUACACCAAGCACUUCAAUGAGGCUGUGCACUGGGCUUGUGCCAUCCAGAAAAUCAUUGAUAGUAAAUCACCCGUGGAAACGCCAACACAGCUUCUGAUUCGAGACAUUGAGGAGAAUAAGUUCAACCCUGAGGUAGUGGAACACAUCUACCAGCACAACGCAAUCCUGAAGUACACCCAUGGACCCCUGUAUGCCCCUCUGCUGCCUUUUCCCUACGGCAGUCUGGAGCACACAUACCACAGUGGGAAAGGCUACGGUUCAGUGCGCGAGGAGGCCGUGAAACUGUUCAACUGCCUGCAGCAGCUGGAGUCAGCACGGGAGCCGGUUCCCAUCAUCCAGGGUGUGCUGCAGACCUGCCUGGACCUGCGGCCCCUCCGCGACGAAGUCUACUGCCAGCUAGUGAAGCAGACCAGCUACACACCUUCCCCAAACACUGCAGCACAUCUCCGUUACUGGCAGCUUCUCACCUGUAUGAGCUGCACCUUUCUUCCUGGGCCAACUGUGCUCAAGUACCUGCGAUUCCACCUCAAAAGAAUCCAGAGCCAAAGUCCUGAGUCUGAAAUGGAUAACUAUGCGUCAUUCAUCAGUGAGGCUCUGGAGAAGACAAAGUGUCGGGAGUGCGUGCCAUCUUGGGAGGAGAUCCAGAUGCUGAUGAACCGACAGGAGAUGCUGUGCACCGUGCACUAUCCUGGCCCUGGAUCCUGCCAGCUCUACAUCAGCUCACACACUACUGCCAAUGAGGUGGUUCGAAGGAUGCAAGAGAAGCUCGGCCUACAGGAGAGCAAAAAUACAUUUGCACUGUACGAGCAGAAUGCACUGUGGGAGCAGCCGGUCACAGGGAGCGCUUUGGUCGCAGACAUCCUGACCAGUUUCUCAACUAAAGAGUCAGAGUCUAAAUCCCGGUGCAAGCUGCGUUUCAAGCUCUACUGCCUGUUGGAUGCAGACAGCAUAUCAGUGGACAGCAUAGAGUAUUUAUUCCUCUUUGAGCAGUGCCAUGAGAUGGUCAUACGUGGCCAGCUGCCAGCCUGUGAAGAGGACCUGCAGGCAUUAGCUGCCCUGAGGCUUCAGACCCUAAUGGGGGACUUCAGCACUCAUGCCCCCUGCCCACCUUUGGAUGAGCUUUUUCCAGGUCAUAUGCUUGAAACUCGGGUUCUCGUGUCACUCGCUGCACCACAAGAUGUGCCUCCGUGUCAGGUGGCUGCUCAGGGCUGUCCCACGACGCAGCGCUUCCACACGGGGCUCCUGGCAGGGACCCUGUGGAGCCACACAGCUACGGCGGUGCACAAGCAAAAGGUUGAGCAGGACAUGCGUCUGCGGUCCCGACUGAAGGAGGAGGCAGCAGCUGUCAUGACAUCCAUCUUGGAGCGUUGGAAAGGUCUGGCUGGCUACAGCCGCAGGGACAGUAUGGCCGCCUACCUCACAAUUGCACGCCAGUGGUCGGGCUUUGGAUGCACUCUUUAUGAAGUGGACUUUUAUAUUAGUUCAACGGGGAGUUUUUCCCAGAAGCUAUGGCUGGGUGUCGCUGCUACAUCUGUAUCCUUGUAUAAGCAGGGAGAAUCAGAAGCCCUGGAGUCCUUCCCUUACGGCCAGAUCUGUUCUUACGGUGUAUCUGACAGCAACACCUUCAAGAUCACAGCUGGGGACCGGGAUCUGCUCUUUGAAACCACCAAGCUGACUGAGAUCAUGCAGCUGAUGAAUGCUUAUUUCAGUGCCAUCCAUCGGCAGCGAGGAAAAGGGGAAGAUGCAGACAUCACCAUAACAGACAGCACAGAGGUGGGCUUCUGUCAUCUGCGAUCAGCGCCAACACCCACACUCCUGGAGCUGCCCUCACAUCCCGUUUGAGAGGGACCAGCACCCUAACACUUACCCCCCCAAACUCAUCACCACAACCCCUCGGCCACCUCCUCCUCCAUGUGGUCCCCCGUGAGGCCCAGGCCCAGUCCUCAAGACACACUGUGCCUUCUCCGCUGGGAAUGGCACAGCAGCCAAAACAAAGAGAGAGCUGUUUUCACUCCCCAUCUUUGAAAAUAAACCCUCGCUGAGCCGAGGAGGAGGGGGAAUGGGGCGAGCAUGGGAAGGCAAGGGUUUCUGUUUUUGCAAGUGAAGCCAGAAACCCACAGAAACCAAUACGGCUGCUGAUGAGGUGUCAAAGACCCCCACCCCGUUCUGUCACGCAAUCUACUUGGUUACCCUAAAUGGCAGUAUCUCCCACUCCUCCCUCACCCCACCCUCCAAGACAAUGUGAGAUGUUAGCGUGAACCUUUGGAGAAGACAGUAGCUGAGACUUAUGGCAACAAUAAGCUGUGGUACUCCCCUCAUAACGGUAUCGCUUAGACACUACUUCGCCCUCUGUCUCUCUUGAAGCGUGCCAUAUUGUAUGCUGCCUUUUGUAGAAGGCAGUGAUCCCCUCACGCACUGCUGGCAUAGUGCUGAGAAUAUUCAGUGACACAGACGCCCCCCCCCCUUGCUGCUCUGUCUCUGCCACACACAUGCAAGCUCACUCACUCUCACAUGCCCCUAUGCUGAAGUGUUCGUCAGAGACAUUCAGUUUUCACAAGGUCCCGGCUGAGCUUGCGUUACCUGGAGCCGUUGAUGCAGUGAGCCACGUGAACUUGAAACUGGAACCAGAUGUUGAACUCCGUAACUAAGUCACUUUGGCUGCCACUGCCGUAAAUCCUCUCACCUACGUGUGAUAUUUGAUCAAGAAAAACCAUUUCCUCGAUGACACGUUUUGGGAUCUGGGUUAACUGUUUUUCACGGAAACCAAAGGAUUUUGGAGCUGUUUCUAACAGUGUCUCCACCAAAUGCUCUGAUUUGUCCUUUGUUGUGCUGCUUGUCUUGGCUUCAAUCCUUGACAUGAAAUAAGUUAGAUACUAGAUUUUUUUUUUUGCUUAUGUUGGCAAGUAUGCUGAUGCAGCUGUAUUCUGCUGAAAAUAGGUGCUUCUUUAUUUUCACACACUCACAUAACAAAUAGAUAUGAAAAGACUAACUCAGCCCCAGUCAGCGAUGUGGAUCAUGUAAGAACUGACUCGAGCAGCGCCCCUUCUUUAAAGAAACACUUAUCUAAUCAGGCUAUAGAUGCUGUUGUAGUAUUAUUUAUGCCAACUUUGCGUUUUGUUUUAACUGUCCUUUGUCUUAAUUUCAGACCCAUGCAUAUUUUCAUAUGAAGUUUGCUUUAACCGAUCAGAGCCAUACACGCUCCCUAAAGCUGCUUCCUAUGUGUACUUUUCAUGUAGCUCCUUCUUUGUGUUCACUGAUUAUUCUUGUGAAGCCAAAGUUUCAGCAAGUCGUGGGUUUGAGCACGGACCAAAGAUGUGCUUACUUUAAUAAGCUUUUACAACAAGAAAUUAACCAAAUGCAGAUUCCCUAAUUUAUAUGCAACUAUUUCACAUGUAUUAACAUUUUCCUGCUCUAUAACUUGUUUUAGUGUAGUAUUUUACAGUGUAGGAAUUUAAGACAAUAGAUGCUUUGUAAAGAUAAUAGUCCAGUACUGUCUGCUACACUGCCCCAUGCAAUAUAACCAGCCUCUAAUUUGAAUUGUUUUCUCACCAUGGAAGGCCUUGACAAGUCAUUGCACACUCUGCCCUGUAUCCUGCUCAGAGCAGGUCUUUGCUUUUUCUACUGCAGCUGCAGGCAGCUCCAAGCCACAUGUAUGAAAAGGAAAGAAGAAAAACAAACAAACAAAAAAAACUGUUUUUGCUUUGUAUUAAGCUUGUUUGUAUGCUGCAUGGUACCUUUCUAUUUGUGUAUAGUUAAUUGCACUAUUUGUUUUUAACUAACUUGAGGGUGCAAUAAAAAAAACUUUAAAUACUGUAUGUAAUUAAUAAAACCUAAAUUUUACCAUA